AUGUCUCACCUCUCGGACCUCGUUCUGCAGUGCAGCCAGCUACUGGACGCCGCCGUCCAAUCCAGGCCGCAGCGAAAGCUGGAUCCCGAUCUUCUCGUCGAGCUAAGUAACCUCCUGACUCGUCUCCGCAUCUGGGCCGGCUAUGUCGGCGCAUCUGCACCGGGACAGGCUUCUAUCGACCAUCGUCUCUGUGACGAUGCCGACCUUACCGAAUUACUUACGUCCCUGUUUCUCGCCCUCAAGCGCGACAUAGAGUCUACGAUCAAUCCUCCCCUCUGCGAAGAGGAGGACAUUGGAUCAGGGGCUGAGGAGCGAGCAAGUUUCGAUUCGUCCAGUUAUUCGAGCACAACUUCUUCUCUAGAGCUGGAUUCGGACGCCGAGGAAGCCACCCAGGUAUCUAACCGCGCGAGUCACGGAUACUACGUCCAGCGAGCUGCCAACAUCACCGAUAGACUCUAUCGUCUCUCGGCCUCCCUAAAAAAGCCGGCGUCGUCGAGCGAAAAUGAUAAGGAGACUUCUCAUCGAGCGGCCAGUGGUGAACUUGCGCAAGGGUACGAGGCUUCCACAGCGAGAGAAGGCAGCAAUCUCCAAGUUCAAUCUGCCAGCACUUCCGCCCUUGCCCAGACCGGCGGGUCUCCUUCUCAGGGGCCACAGAAUAACGACACUCGGAUGCCGUCCGUCCACCUAGGCCCUCAAAUCGAGGGACUUUCGGGAAUCAUCCCUUCUUCGGUCGAUCCCCAACAACUGCGAAAUCAUGCAAGAACCUCACCGUCAUCCAAAGUCGCACAGCCUGCCUUUGCAAGGAAAAAACAGCUUGACGUUCUGCGGCCGGCAGGUCACGUAGACGAAGUAGCGGGGUUGGUUGAGUGCCCGUACUGCUUUCGGUGGAUUAAGGUGGAGGAAACACAAGAACCCCGAUGGACCCGUCACAUUCUCAACGACAUAGACCCAUAUGUAUGUCUGUUCGACACCUGUAAGGAGGGAGAUGUCCUUUUCAGUUCACCUGAGGAAUGGCUUGGUCAUAUGCAGUGGCGACAUACGCUUGUCAGGGCAUGUCAGGCGCCUGGGCACGAAAAUCACAGGUACAAUUAUGAGUCGGACUUGGAAGCGCACCUCUGCACCGAUCACGCCAAGGCCUUUACACAGAUUCAGCGCCGUGAAAUUCUCCAGAAGAGCGCGAUACUGUCGCCAGACACCUUUGCGAUCCUAACAGCUAGUAUCAACGCGUCUCUGCCUGUCACCGACAGCCCUUCCCGCGGCCUGGCUAAUCCUGCAAGCGAUCACGAGCACCAAUGCCCACUCUGUCUUCAAUUGCCCCCCUUUCACGCCGACACGGACGGCAAGACUGUCGAAGAUGGCAUCCAAGAUCAUAUUCUAGGCCACCUCGAAGCUAUAGCCCUGAUCUCACUACCAGCGUUGGAACAGACGGGGGAUACUGAGAAGGGCACAAAUAUCCGUCAAUUGAUGGUGUAUGAUCUUAACUUCUCCCUCGAUCAAGAUGAUGACCAUCUCGGUCCGGUUGCGACCUCGCCACCCGAGUUUUGGGAAUUUGAGA